AUGGAGACGUGUGUUUUGAUACCGCAAGAAUUUGCCCUCGCCGUGACAGGUGUCGGCGCUCGUCACUCGCCCGAGCAGACGGCCACCGUUUGGUCCAGCGCGUCGAUUCCCCAGGGACGCCUGUGCUAUCCCUUCCAGGGCACGGUACGGAUCGAUAACCUGGCCAUCUUUACCUCCCUGCCGGAGAAUGAUAUUCGGCACCGUUUCGGAUUGUACGAUGAAAUUACGUCCGUCAAUGGACGAACGGUACGACACUGCAACUGGAUCCGGUUCCUGCGAGUGUCGGAAACGUACGGGCCGCAGGUGAACGUGGUCUGCGCGAAGGUGAAAGGUGAACCGAUCUACGAGAUCGUGAAGCCGAUCCCGUCGCACCAGGAGCUGGUCGUCUACUACCUGCCCGAGGGUCCGGAGGAGCUCUUCUUCAUGCGAAUGCGUAAUCAGCUGUAUCGGCAGACGAUGGACUCGAUCCUGGAAGAUUCUCCACUGGACCUUUCGACGUCGCUCCUGUCGAGGGUCAUGCUACCGAUCUCACCUCCGUCCGGCGCCGAAGACGAGCACAAGUCGGUGUCGGGAGACGACUCGUCGAUCUCGAUCUCAUCCGGAGCCAGCACCGGCGAUCGUUGUGACGGAGCGGCUUUGGACCUGGAGCUGGCCUCGAUCGGUACCGGCGCGUCCCGAGCCUCGCCCAAGGCCCGUCCCGCCCCCCGCUCCGAGCGAGCCAUGCUGCCGUGCGAGGUCUGCGGCAAGGCCUUCGAUCGUCCUAGUCUGCUGAAGCGACACAUGCGCACGCACACCGGAGAAAAGCCGCACGUCUGUGGCGUCUGCGGCAAGGGCUUCAGCACGUCCAGCUCGCUCAAUACCCACGUCCGGAUACACUCGGGCGAGAAGCCGCACCAGUGUCAGGUGUGCGGCAAGCGGUUCACGGCCAGCUCCAACCUCUACUACCAUCGCAUGACGCACAUCAAGGAAAAACCGCACAAAUGUAGCCUCUGCUCCAAAUCCUUUCCGACGCCCGGCGACCUCAAAUCGCACACGUACGUCCACAACGGGUCCUGGCCGUUCAAGUGUCACAUCUGCUCCCGAGGCUUCUCCAAGCAAACCAAUCUCAAGAACCAUCUCUUCCUGCACACCGGUGACAAGCCCCAUGUCUGCGAGGUAUGCAAGAAGUCUUUCGCGCUUGCCUGCAACCUGAAAGCCCACAUGAAAACCCACGAAGAAAACAACUCGCCCGAGUCCGAGAUCGAUGUCGACAGUGAUCUACGAAGCGAUGGAGAGGAGACCGUACCCCUGUUUAGCUACGAAAAGGACGACGAGGAAAGGCUGUCUCGGUAUCACUGGAGAAAUUCAAAGGCGGAACCGAUUACAAGGAGCCGCUAGCGGAAGCGAGUUCCGUUUUCGACCAUCGUCGGAAGAGACUG